AUGCUGCGAAGUACGAUACCACUAGCAAGACAAUGCCGCAAGGUGGACUGGGGCCCCGAUAUUCCAAGAAAGAUCCAGACUAUAUUAUUUAAACCUUCAAAUGGAUCGCUUAAUAAGCAAGAUAGUGCUGCUUUGAACGCUUGCUUUAUGGGGAACUUGAAAGAGCCUCCAAAACUGUCCUAUAAGGAGAGGAGAUACAUAAUCGACUUCCUCUCUGAUCGACGAGCUUAUCCAGACCUGAACAAAUUUGGCCGGAGGUAUCUUUAUUCUCAGGAAAGACUUUACGACUUCGUCGACAAGGUCUCUUUCAUAGAGCUACGACAAUACUUGCAUUCAUUAUUAAGAACCAAAAACACUAUCUUAAUAGACCAGCUAAUGUCCAAGGUAAUAGCACAAUUUUCUAUCACACAGAAGGAGGCCGUUACAAACUUCAUAAAUUCGGCUUAUGUUCUAUUACAUGAUGAGGCAAAGCAGGAAAAAUGGCUGGACCCAACCGAGCCGCUAGUUAAAUGGGCUAAAUGGAUGAAAUUGCUGAACGGGCAUUGUAACUUCACAGACUACACUCAUCAAAGAAAACUUUUGAAGACUUUAAUGUUUACGCUUCGAGAAAGUCGAGAUAACGAAAUAGAGAUAUUUCAAAAAUCUUUGGACAUUAUUAAGACUGCACAGGGAGUUUCGAGUACGUCACAGUUCGCAAGCACAGUAAUAUAUCUAUCAACCCAUAACAGAAGCUUUGAUCUGGCGGAAGCAAUCUGGGAUUACAAAGUUGAAAACAACCUUCCCAUCGAGUCAUCAGAUUUGACUUGCAUUCUAAAGUGUUACUGCCAUUUCAAGAAAUACAAUUUAGUGGAACCAACACAUUCAGCAUAUCCGGAAGCUCAAGAUGAGCAUUCUCAGUUCGAUUACUUGCUUAUUGCUCACUCCAAGCUCGAAAAUUGGAGCGCUCUGCGGGACCAGUUUAAUGCAUUAUUUAAUAUCGGGGAGUUGCCAAAUAUCAAGCACUACGGCAUUGUGAUGUAUUCGAUGGCCACCAUUGGUGAAUUAGAAAAUGUGGAAAAACUCUAUGCCCAACUACUUCGAAGAGAUAUGCUCCCUACUUACGCAGUCCUCCAAUCCCUCCUAUAUGCUCACUAUAAAGUUGGAGAUUUGAAUGCCUGCUUCGCACAGUUUGAGCUAUUUGACAAGUACUCAAUUCGGCCAAGUUCCUCAACAUAUACUCUCAUGUUCAAGGUAUUCAGAGGGCUAAGCAACAUCGAAGGUGCACUACGUCUUCUGAAAAGGAUUACAGAGAGCGAUGUAAGCCUAAUUUCAGAGACACAUUUUGCCCUCUUAAUACACAUGUGCGCCAAGUUCACGAAUCCUUUGAUUGCACAUGAGCUUUUUCACGUUAUGACACAACACUAUGACAUACGUCCCACUAGUCGCUCGGUUGCAGCGUUAAUGGAUGUAUACAUUGAAAGCGGAAACCCGGAGAAGGCCCUUAGUCUUUUCAAUGAAUACAAUCGAGAUAACAUUGAGGGACGCAUCUCGCUUUUCAACAAGGCUAUAAAAGCUUAUACCACCAUGGGCGAUCAGCAUCAGUGCGAGGUGUUGUUCGGGAAGAUUGUUAAGUUGAAGUUGGCCAACGACUCGGAGUUUUUUAAUGUCAUGCUUAGAUACCUUGUUUGUCUAAAGAGGGACUACGAUUCGGCAGAAAGAGUGAUAGACCAGAUGCUAAAUCAUCCCACCAUCAAGCCAGAUGUUACCCAUUUUCAGGUACUGAUGGAUGCUUACGAUAAAAUUUCAUUCCGUGAAGGGAUUCACAAUCUGUACAGAAAGAUGAACGAAAAUGAGAUCCCCGUAAAUUCCAAGGUGCUACAUUACUUGAUCAAAGCAACUUUCAAAGUUCAAAUGAGGUCUCAAGGAGAUCUGGAACAAUCUAUACAACUGUUAGACCGAAUCAUGAAAAACGCUGCCGAGAGGACUCUUGAUAUUACUUUUGGUCAAUUGCAUCCAUCGAUAGUCGCGUGGCCCAUGAGGGCCGUCGCCAAAUACCACAGCCCUAUGAAAGCGUUGGACUUACUAAAUCACUACAGCCAUUUGUUUUAUCCGAAAGAGGACUUUUCUAUCAAUAGUAAGUUCACCGUCAUGCGUUCAUUGUUAGUGGUUUCCGCGGAGAUAGAACAGUGGGACGAGUUUGACAGCAUUUUUGAACGGUACAUUGCUAGAGCUGAAGCGCUCAUGAAAGCACCCUCGGCUACUACUAGGAACAAAAAGCUCAACUCAUUAUUCAAAGGGCUUCUUGUAUACAAAGUUCGCCAUCUAGCUGCUACUGAAAAAAUUUACCUACUUCCUGAUCUGUUAAAGAAGUUAAGCAGCGAAGGGUACGUGAUAGACAACUUAUCCUGGAACGAGGCUGUCAAAGAACUGUUCCAAGACUCUCGGACGAUCGAAAGUGGUUUACAAAUCAUCAACGAAAAGCUGAUUCAUGGGUUCAAUCUAAUACACAAAUAUCGUUUACUGAAGAGGCAUGCAGAGGAAACAAAUUCUGCGAAUCGAUCAUGGCUUCUGAGGCAGAAGAAAGCCGAUCCAAAGAGUUUUCAACCUACACUUUAUUUGUCCGCUGAGACUUAUUCCAAGACUAUGGAGUACAUGGAUCGCUAUUUGUCGAGUUUAACGGAUCUGGAAGGAACUUUAAGAACUUUCAUCAAGGAUUAUCCUUACUUCAUGAAGAGCUACUUGAUGAAACCAAGGACACAUAUAAAUGGAUGGGAUAAGAUUGAGGCCGAUCAUGCUUCUUACUUUGCAGCAUUAAGACAGAGCAAGCGAGUUACGCUUCACGCACAAUUUUGA